UCUCCCAUUCAACUGUGAAGAGGACCAAAGAGGUGGAGCUGGAAAUCAACACUUAGCUGGAUGUGUCUCAAACUACUUCACAUUCAUAGAAGUUGUGGACUUGUAGAAAAUGUUUGGACCUUUCAGCAAACAUCUCCAGAGCUACCUGGCUGAGCGAAAGAGUCGUAGGACCAGGCUGGUGAACAAAGACGGCCAUUGCAACAUUGAAUAUGGAAACAUUAAGUACAGCAAAUACUUUGCUUUCAUAACCGACUUCUGGACAACAUUCGUGGAGAUCCGGUGGCGUUUUGUGCUCUUCUUCUUCAUUGCGUCUUUCACCCUGAGCUGGUUCAUUUUUGGCCUGCUCUGGUACUGGAUUGCCCGUAGUAAUGGAGAUCUGACAUGGCAGGCGCCCCCGGCGGACCACACGCCUUGUGUCGAUAAUGUUGUUGGACUCACCACUGCGUUCCUGUACUCCCUUGAAACCCAAACCACCAUUGGGUACGGUGGUCGAGCCCUCACUCCUGUGUGCCCCGGUGCAGUGGCAGUUCUCAUCAUCCAGUCUCUUCUUGGAGCAGUUAUCAACUGCUUCAUGUGCGGAAUCAUCUUAUCCAAAAUUUCCUUACCUAAAAAGAGAGCUAAGACCAUCUCAUUUAGUGACAUGGCUGUUAUCAGCCCAAAGAAUGGCACACUCUGCUUGUCAAUACGGGUAGCCAACCUUCGCAAGACCCUCAUGAUAGGAAGCCAGAUCUAUGGCAAACUGUUGAGAACCACCAUUACAGCAGAUGGUGAGGCGAUUAUCAUGGACCAGGUGAACAUUGACUUCAUGGUGGACGCUGGAAAGGACAACCUUUUCUUUGUGUGUCCGCUCACACUUUAUCACAUCAUCAAUAAAAGCAGUCCUUUCUUUGAGAUGGCGGUGGACACUCUCCACAAGCAAGAGUUUGAGCUGGUCGUGUUCUUGGACGGUACCGCUGAGUCCACCAGCUCCUCCUGUCAAGUCCGGACCUCCUUUAUUCCUCAGGAGAUCAUGUGGGGCUACAAUUUCCUGCCCAUCAUCUCCCGAAGCAAAGAAGGUAAAUACAGGGUAGAUUUCUCCAACUUUUCCAAGGUGGUGCCUGUGGCCACUGCACACUGCGCCUACUGUUUCCACAACAUCAAAGGUCAUCACCACCACUCCAAAGAUGGAAUUGACAACCAGGGUUUUGAGGUGAUUGAUAUUCAUGAUUCUUCAAGCAUCACUAAGAUGUAAGACCACAGAGAUGGUGAACAAGACACUUGGCCUUUUACCGCUCUCUUAUGAACGAACCUCUUAAGCAUCCCAAAGUAUAUUUGGGAAAACAGUUAAUUUUAGAUGAAGCAAACCUCAUUAUAAUUUGGAAAAUGUGUGGAUCAAUUGAGUUAUAGCGAACAAUUCUUUUAUGUAUGUACUGUAUGUAAAAACACACCUGUCAAAGUCUUAUCAGCCAAAACCCUGUUUUCAGACGAGGUGCCAUGUCAUGAAAAUGUCUUGGUUGAAAUACCAGAAGAGAAAAAGAUGAAUAUAGGUCUUCUCACAAGAUAAAUAUACUCAAAUGAGCGCUUGCUGUGACUGAAGAGGAGUUGCUGUAAGUUACCUCAGGCCCUGCACAUCGGGUUUACUGAGGAUAGCAAAAGACUGUAUUUUUCUGUGUAUGAAUCUUACUUGAACAACUUGUUUUGGGUGCCUUGCAAUUGUCAUGGAUGAGAAAACAAUAUUAGUGCUUGUUUAAUAAUUCAUGCCUGUGUAGUCUGCCAUACACAAAAAGACACUAGGGCUUGAAACAUUAGCCUUUGUUUAUCUAUUCCAGCACAGACACUCACAUUGGUUUAAUGUGGAACUUUUGCGUGACUAUGUAGUGGGAGAACAAUGUUCUCUGGGAAACACUUAAUUAUUGGCUUCGUGCAGCCUGAACUAUUGAAUGAAAUCAAAUAUUAUUUGUUUUUUAAUUAUUAUUUGAUCUCAGGGUUGAAACAGCCAAAAUAAAACUAUUU